AUGGUUUCUCUCAAUCGGAAGGUAGCCGAAUUGCGAGCCAAAUACGAUGGUAUCAGCGAGCCUUCUCCGGUUCUCACGAGAGUUCUGGAUGACGAUACCAAAUCGGCGGCCCUCUACUAUUUAGUAAACCGCCAGGUACAGCUCAUUUGCUGCCACUCCUCGAACUGGGAUGACGGCGAGGUGACCAUCUACGACAUUGCACUGGCCCGCAUGUACGAAAAGGGCCUACCCCUUCAAAAUAUUGGUCUGCUCGAACUCUUUUUCGCCCAGUACAUAGGCCUCGGUCCCUGCAACUCCGCCGAUGAAGAAGAGACAACUGUAAAUGCCUUCCUUGCAGCAGCUCAUCCCAUCACGCACAAUGCUACGACGGACACUGAGAGUCCCUACGUUUAUCAGAGCCACAAUGACCAGGACUCUUCCGAUGCCAUUUACCAAGGAAACGACCAAGGAGACGACCAAGGAGACAAUUUCAGCCACCGAUCUGAACCGAGCAAAAAGGACAAACCUAAGACUGGAUAUGAUCUCAAAGACGACAAAAAACCUUCUUCCCGGAAGGAAGCAUUACUGGAGAACCUUAUUCAAGUCUACCAGGCUGCCAAAGCUGAUUACUAUCUCGGUGACGCUGACAAGUCCGGUAUUUCGAGCAAGAAAACCGACAAGUUCAGCAAUGUUCGCUUCCUCCGUGACAGCUCUGAGAACUUGCUUCGUUACAUGAGAUCUGAGGGCCAUGGCAACCAUCCGCUGGUCUCUGAAGUUGAAAAUGUCGCCGAUGCAAGCCGUGGACAUGCUGAACACCUUGCUGGUUGCAAGAGAAGCUAUGAACGACAGGCGGGUAGUAACGACGCUCACUCUCCGCGGCCCCGCAAGCGCCGACGCCGGGUGGUUGACUCAUAUCGCCCUGGAAAUUAA